AUGAGAUUCGGUACAUCGAUUAGCUUUGUCCUAUUAGCAAUCUUCGCGACUGUGUACUGCGAACAAUUACAAGGAGGUCAAAAGCACGGGACUUACGCAGGAAGAUCAAUCACCGAUCAAGAACCCUUACCAUCUUCAAGUCGACUUCGAUAUCGUCGAAGCAUGUACCCCGCAAGCUUACAGGCUCGUCAGUUCCCCACCAUGGGUGGUGGACAAGGUAGCGGGUUCGGUGGCGGUGGUUUCGAUUUGAAAUCAAUGUUCGAGGGAUUCAUGAAAAUGAUCACUGGAGGUGCUGGCGGAGGCGGUGCUGGAGGUGGUGCUCCUCCUGCUCCUCCUGCUACUGGAGGUGAUACUACUAGUACUCCUCCUGCUGCAAGUGAUACUCCACCGGCCGGAGAUGAUAGUCCACCACCAGCGGCCGACGCUGGCUCAUCAGACAGCUCUUGA